AUGAAUUACGGCAAAUUUAUUUUAUUUGGUGACUCCAUCACUCAAUACAGCAGCCAGAUACUUGAUGGUUUCUCAUUACAAGCAGCAUUGCAAGACAAAUAUAUUCGCAAGCUUGAUAUAAUCAACCGCGGAUUUAGUGGCUACAACAGCAAACAUGCUACGUUGAUCUUGCCCAAGUUGCUCGAUGCGGAAUUGAAUGGUGAUCGUGACAACGUCAAAUUGAUGACUAUAUUCUUUGGCACUAAUGAUGCCUUUGAGGAUAACAAUGACAUUCAACCAGUUUCACUUGAAAACUACUCAAGAAACAUUAAUACUUUAGUUGAGUUGGCCCUAAACAAUAAUAUCCGACCUAUAGUUAUUGGACCAACGUUCCAUGAUUCACGACUUGCAAAGAAAGGGCUAACAAGUAUGGAAUCUGUAACAAGAGAAGCCACGAACAACGAGCGAAAUUAUCAAUAUAAUAGUGCAGCUAGACAAGUUGCAGAGGCUCAUAAUGUGGCCUUUGUCGACUUGUGGGAUAUUUUCAGAGAAAGCCAAGGCUGGACCAAAGAGCAAUUAUUUGCAGCUAAAGAGGACAAUGAGCAUUGGGAAAUCGGGUCUCUGUUGGAACAAUUAGUUCAUGAUGGUGUUCAUUUCACAGGGAAAGCUUACAGGUUGAUGUUUGCUGGUAUCAUGGAUGCCAUCGAAAAACAUUACCCCGAGUUGCUUCCAAACAAGAUGCUCAUGAAGCUUGCUGAUUGGAAAGUGAUUGAUCCUAGCGAUCUAAACACGAUUUUUACAACCACGAGUUAUUCACGCGAGUAG